GGGUAGAUCAUUUCGUUUUAAAGAAUAUAAAUAAGUGUUUUAGUAAGAACAUGUCGAAUUUGGAAAGAUUGAUCUAUUGAGCGCUUGCUUCUAUAAAACUUCAGGUCUGAAAAACGAUGUCACUUCUCACGAAUUAUACUUUCAUACCAGUCAUAUACAUAUAUUACUAACACUCUGGUACAUGCAUUCUUUUGUCUCUAUUUUACUUUGGCUGAAAGUCCUUGAGCAUCUGAAAGUCCUUGAGUCUUCCAUAUCUACAUACUGGCUUCCUACAUUUGUUAGGAUUUUGUUUUCUCACGGUACCUCUACCAUGAAUCAACGAAUACGGCAUCACUCAUCGUUCUUUACAUCUUCUUUUUGCAAAACCAGGCAAGAAAGUAGUAUUUCUACUGGUGAUUACUGUGAAUGUACAUUCACAAUAGAGAUACCGCCUCUUUAUGCCUAGGUCAAUUGAUUUUCCUCUUUCAAAGAUAACUAUUUUGUCUUCUUCUUUUGGAAUAUUUUAAUCAGCUAAUAAUUGUCACUACGUUGAUCUAACAUGGUAUUAUCAAAAUUUAAUAAUGAAAACAAUAAUUUAAACGAAACCUACAGUAGGCAAUGAAGAACCUCCCCCAAAAUUUGGGCCGCUCCGAAUCGGUCCGUCCAUCCGUAACCAAGAAAGGUGGACACCUGACUGUCCGUCCGCACGUUAAUAAGACCUACUGAGAAUCGUGACCGGUCACCGGGAGUAAGGCUUCCAUACGAUGAUCACGAGAAAAUCUCGACCGGUCAUUUUUGUUAUGGGCUUCCACAAGAUCAUGAUGAUCAUGUUGAGUGUCGAGUUUCACCUGAAGUUUAGGCUUUAACACAAACAAGGAUGUCCGCGCCGCCUCUUCCAUGGAGCCGUAUUCAACUGACGUCCUCGGUAUGCAUGCCUCUCUUACACACUAAACAGUUUUGCAGGGCAUGAUUCAUUGUUUUUGUGUAUACUCAUACGUCCGUUAAAAUCUCACACAUACUUGAUUGUUAAACCUACACAGUAUAUACAUGUCGACGGUUCGAUAUGCUUGAUCUUCUAGACACGUCCCAUAUAGAAUGUUUUCAAGAUUCUCAUUAUAAUAUUGAGCUAGUUCACUAUUAAGGCUAAUGAAAAGCUAUACUCCUCGACUAGACUUGAUAAGCUGUUAUCCAUGCA